CUCCCGCAGAAGAAGAGCCCCCGGCGGUCAGAGGUCAGAGGUGAGACGAUGGUUGAACACGGGGAGAUCCGCGUGGUUCACCGGGGCGGCAGUAAACUAACCUCCCGGGAUCCCGUCUUCAGCUCGGAUUCACGGUUCCUGCUGUGCGCCUCAGGAGAGUGUGUGAAGGUGUUCAGCACCUCCACCGAGGAGUGUAUCCACGACCUGCGAGGACACACAGAGCUGGUGACAGGUGUGCUGCUCAGACCCUCCAACCACCUGCAGGUCUACUCUUGCUCAGCAGAUGGCACUGUCAGACUUUGGGACUUCACAGACGGCAUCCUCAUCAAAACUUAUGUCAUCGGAUACCCGAUUUAUUCCAUCUACGCAUCUGCAAACCAUGAAGGAGUCAUCUUUCUCGUUACUCCCGCGCAGAGCGACAAAAGAUCUGAGAUGUUCCAGCUGGUUGCGGUACAACUGCCACAGAGCGGAGAUCAGCUGGUGGAGGCCCGAGAGCUUUCUGCUGUGCUCAGCGACGUCAGCUCCAACCCAGCGGCCAUCGUCUUCGGCAGAGGGGGCGAAUAUAUUGCUUCAGCUAAUGGGCUGCAGCUGGAGGUCUACUUCUUCAAGAAACAGAAGGCAUACAGAUUUCCCCUCAAAGAAGACAACAAGAAGGGAGGCAAGAACACAUUCAUGUGUGUUGCCUGUCACCCAAAAGAUGACUGCAUCGCCACUGGACACGAGGAUGGAAAGAUUCGCUUGUGGAGAAACUUCAACCACAAGAAGGAGUACACGUACUCCACCCUGCACUGGCACCACAGUGCUGUCAGCUCUCUGUGCUUCACCCCAGAAGGCACCAACCUGCUGAGCGGAGGCAUAGAGUCGGUGCUCGUCCAGUGGCGAUACAACCAAGAGAGCCAGCGAGACUUCCUGCCCCGCCUGGGCGCUGCCAUCACACACAUCGCCGUCUCACCUGAUGGAGCGCUGUUCUGUACCUCACACAGUGACAACAAGAUCACAAUCAUCCAGAGCUGUGUUAAAGUGUCUGCUGUUAUUCAGGGCCUGGUCAAAGGAGAAAGUGUCAGGACAGACCUGAUGAUGGACCCACGCAGCAAAUCCCUGGUGUUGAAUGGGAAACCGGGUCACCUGCAGUUUUACUCCCUCCAAAGAGACAAGCUGCUGUACAACCUGGACAUAGUGCAGCAGGAGUAUAUUCAUGAGUCGGGCCUGCAACAGUUUGAGGUGGUCAAGGCGGCCUUCAAUGCAUCUGGCAACUGGCUGGCAACGGUGGAAGAAAGAAAACAGAAAGCUGCUGAGCUGGAGCUGAACCUGAAACUGUGGGCAUACGAUGAACAAACACAGAGUUUUGUGCUGAACACGACCAUCUCGGCCCCACACGAGGCCCAGAUUACAGCCAUGUGCUUUUGCCACGCCGCCGACAGCCAGACCACCAUGCUGGCCUCCACCAGUAAGGACGGGCACUUCAAAGCCUGGCAGCUGGCUGCACAGGCCCACACAGAGGAUGAAGGUCCUUCCUGGUCGUGUGAUUUCGUCGGAGCCUAUCACGACCUGGUGCCCGAGUGCUGCUGUUUCUCAGCCGAUGGUUCUCUGUUGGCCGUCAGCUUUCAGGAGGUGGUGACCGUGUGGAGCCCGGCCUCCUGGGAGCUCCUGACAACUCUGUCCCAGCCGCCAGGAGCCAUCAGGGAUCUUUGUUUUGGGCGACUGAGCUGUUCCAAGUAUCUGCUGGGAACCUCCGCCAACAACCUGCUCUGCUGCUGGAACCUCCUCACCUGCUCAUUGGAGUGGAGCACCUCGAUGGACGUCAGCCUGCUGCUGGCCGACCCCCUCUCCGAGAACAUGGCUGCCUUCUGCUGUCAGGCUGGAUGCACCGACUUGUUUGUGUUUAAGCCCAGCGAGCCUCGGCCGCUGUUUUCCCGUAAGGAGGUGUGCUCGGGGAAGGUGACUCGCGCCGUCUUUGCCCCGAGGGAGGAGAUGCUGGAGAGCUGCGAGGAGAGCAGCCAGUGGCUCAACCACUCCCAGCUGUACUUCCUCACUCAGUACAUGGAUCUCAUGACAUUCACCACCAAGGCGGAGGAAGACCGACUGAUGGCGUCCAGCAAACAGCUUGUGAUCGAUGACAGCGUUGCCAUGACACCGUUCUACCUGUUGCUGGGGAAACAUCGGCAACAGGAAAAUCAGGACUCGCUGGGCGGCAUGUCUGCUGAGAGGACACCUCUGCCACAGGGCUCUGUCGCUAUCAGAGAGCUUCUGCAGACGCCGGCCCACGUCUUGCCCUCGACCUCUUACCUCUGCUCAAUGUUUGUGCAGUCUCUGCUCAUCUCCGUUACAGACACCAGGGAGGAAAAUAAACACACAGAGGAGGAAAUGGAGAGCGAGAAAGAGGAAGAGGAUUCAGAGGGGGAAAUGGAAUCCAGCACGAGACCGAAGGAGUCGCUGGAAAGCGAGGCAACAGAGUCUGCAGCCCCCGCUCUGACAAAAGCACAGGCUAGGGAACUGAGGAGGGUGAAGAAACUUGACCACAGCUGGCUCGCAGGCCUCCUGGACUCUUGAACAUGACCAUGUACAAAGACAGACACACACAGAUACACUGCCCAUAGAAGGUUUUCACCAAUUCAGUGGAUUUCUUUUAUUGUUUUACACCAUGAAAUUGAGGAUUUCUUCUAGAAAUCACAAAACAAAUACAUUUCUAUGCACAAAAACAAGUAUUUGAUUGCAUACGUAUCCAACCCCUUUGGCAGCAGUUGCAGCCUUGAGUCAACGUUGACAAGUUUGUAUCAGUUUCCAAGUCUUACAACAAAGUCUGGUUUGAAUUCAUAUCUGGAUUCUGACUCAACCACUCCAGAAUAUUAACAGUGUUGUUUCUCAGCCUUUCCUCUGUAGCUUUGGCUGUAUGUUUGUGAUUGUUGGAAAAUAAAUCUCUUCACAAGUCAGUUUUCUUGCAAACUGCAGCAGGUUUUCCUCCAGGAUGUCUUUUCUGCAGUUCUGAGGCCUUAAUCACCAAAUUUCAAGCUGCAAGAUAAUUCGGUAAUUUCUCCCUUAUCCUCUUUUCACACUGUACAGACAGUUCUUGCACGAACUGUCCGUGCACGAACAUGCAAACAGCAAUUUGGAAGUUUCACUUGCUCCUUUCACCAGACUCCCAGUUUCUCCCAUCCGUCCCCACAAUGCUUGGCUGACCUCACGCAGGUCCAGGGUUUCGCUUACACCGAUAAUCAAAAAGCUCACUUUUGGACUUCAAUUCACCUCAGUCUCCUCCAUGCCUGCUGGUAAUCACGAGCUGGGGGACUGUGAAUAACAGAACAGAGGAUUAUCGAGUGCUUAAAUGUUUCUCGUAUCUGCCUUCUUGAACUUCUUGUUAACUUGUCACAGGCAAGACUGAAACCUCAUCCGUGGUUCCCAACACUGACAUAGUUGUUGAUGUUCAGGCUACAUCUCUGUGGGGUUUUUUUUCCUCCCAGUAGGUUUGGUCAAAUUUGUAUUUAUACUUAAUAUUACUAUUACCACGUGGAGGGGCAGCCUGAUGUUUAUAUUUAGAAGUAUUUUUAGCUAUCCAUUUUGACAUUUCUAUGCAAACCUACAGUUAGAUUGGUGGGAAACUGAGGGUACAACCUGCACAGUGGGGGAAACACCGUGAUUGUUAUGACAAUAUACUAAACAUCAGCCUCAAAUAACUUUGUAACGUGGAUAUAUUUACUCCCUGGUUGAGAAUCACUUGUUUUUAUGGUGUAGUUUUUGAUGGGAUAUUAAAUAAAACCUGCAUCUUCCACUUAAAGCAAAUAGUUGCACCAGUGCUGAUUUGGUAUGUCACAGUAAAGAGAUGAAAUACUUAUGCAAUCAUUUAUUUUGAUCAGUUUGUAGGGGCUUCUUUUUUUUUUUUUAAACUUGCACGUUAAAGUAUUUGUGUUUUGUCAAUCAGUGUAAAGCAAAAAAAAAGAACUAAUCACAUCCACUGUGAUUCAAUGUUAAAACAUUAAGGACUCCACCGGUGGGGUAAAAACUCUCUAUAGGCACUGUAUCAUGCACAUACACAGUAUAGUGCAAUUACUAGACAUUUUUCUAUAUUUUGAAUUUUAAUAAAAAAGAAGUCUUUCUUUAA